CGGCCGCUGAUUGGCUGCUGAAGGAUUGGUCCCAUCCCAGUGACCCCAAAGUGCUGAAGGGAGGGGGCGGGGGUGGCCCAGUGCAAAGUGCAUCCCGAAAGCCCCCUGUCCGGAGACCCAGCUGCUGGCACUUCGGACCCUGUACGACCUGGGACCUAGCUGUCCCGAGACCUCCUGAGUCCCUCUGUAACUAGAAGCCUCCGGCCCGGAGCGCGACAGCCCCCUGUUCCGAGCCCCUGGACCGGGACUGCACCCCCCAUCUCCGAGCCGGGACUUCCUCCUGCACCCCUGUCCCGAAGCUGCCUGGAGGCCAGGACAGCCACCCGUACCCUACUCGGCUGUCUGGAUGCUCUCCGGGCCAGGGCCGUGAGGCACCGAGGAGGAUCGGGAACACCCGUGUCCGGCCCUGCCUGGGGUGUUUCUUCAAUGGAGAAGUUGGUGAGUGUGGAGGAGGUUGAAAGGAGGAAGAGAAGCAGCAGCUGAGGAAGCAGGUGUGAACUGACCGGAGGACACUCGGGAGCAGGAAAGGGUCUUGUCCACUCACCAGAGAAGCAGCAGGCAGAGUGCCUCUAACCAGCAUCUUCUAUAAAGGUUAAGAAGGCUCUUUUGCUCUGCAACCUGGACAACCCUCUGAACUCCUCCCCACAAUGCUAUAUGUACACAAUGGUUAUUAGGCAAUCUAUACACCAGGAGAAGGGACUCUCUUCUGAAAGGCUGAUCCCUGUGACCUGAUGAAUCCUUUGUAAAAAGUAGACUCGCUAGGAUGUUACACCACCAUUGUCGAAGGAACCCUGAACUCCAGGAAGAAUUGCAGAUUCAGGCUGCCGUGGCCGCUGGGGAUGUUCACACAGUGCGAAAGAUGUUAGAACAAGGCUAUUCUCCAAAUGGCCGAGAUGCUAAUGGCUGGACCCUGCUUCAUUUCUCUGCAGCAAGAGGAAAGGAAAGAUGUGUUCGAGUAUUUCUAGAACACGGAGCUGAUCCCACGGUUAAGGACUUAAUUGGAGGCUUCACUGCUCUUCAUUACGCAGCCAUGCACGGCCGGGCCCGGAUUGCACGCUUGAUGUUAGAAUCAGAAUACAGGAGUGACAUUAUUAAUGCAAAAAGCAAUGAUGGCUGGACUCCCCUCCAUGUGGCUGCUCACUAUGGUAGGGACUCAUUUGUCCGACUCCUUCUGGAGUUCAAGGCCGAGGUCGACCCGCUCAGUGAUAAAGGUACAACGCCGCUUCAGCUCGCCAUCAUCCGCGAGAGGUCAAGCUGUGUGAAAAUCCUCCUGGACCACAAUGCCAACAUCGACAUUCAGAACGGAUUCCUUUUGCGAUAUGCUGUGAUCAAAAGUAAUCACUCUUAUUGCCGAAUGUUCCUUCAGAGAGGGGCAGACACAAACUUGGGGCGUUUAGAAGAUGGACAGACUCCUUUGCACUUGUCUGCCCUUCGGGAUGAUGUGCUGUGUGCACGGAUGUUAUAUAACUAUGGAGCGGACACAAACACAAGGAACUAUGAAGGUCAGACCCCACUGGCUGUUUCAAUAAGUAUUUCGGGAAGUAGUCGACCGUGUUUGGAUUUCUUACAAGAAGUCACAAGACAGCCCCGAAACUUGCAGGACCUGUGCCGAAUUAAAAUUCGACAAUGUAUAGGCCUUCAAAACCUAAAGCUACUUGAUGAACUACCAAUUGCCAAGGUCAUGAAAGACUACUUAAAACACAAAUUUGAUGAUAUCUGAUAUAUCAGAACUGUGAGCAAGAUUAGGAGUUAUAUUCCAGAUACUUAAAAGGCUUUUUGCCUUGCACAAAGUAUAUCCUAUGCAAUUUCUGAUUUGCUGUGAAGUCAGAAAGCAGGUAUACACUUUUAGGUUUUUUUUGUUUAUUUGGUUGGUUUUCAUUGUAGGGGAGGGAUUUUUAUAUAUAUACAUAUAUAUAUAUAAACAUACACCACAUGCUUGAAAGUCUUAAUUUGGUUUCUUGGUCCAAGUUUAAGAGGUCCAAGCUUUCUAUACAAUAUUGCAUUUAGAAAAAUUGUCUUUCCUAAAUGACACAAGCAGGUUUGAAGUGGAGAGUUUACCCUUUCCAAAUUUCUAGUUUCAUUGGUGAGCACGGUACUAGAAACCAGCAGCACACUUGUUAAAGUUUGAGGCACAGUUUUACCCAGGAGUCUUGGGUUAUACUGGAAAAUGCCCUAAAAAUUUUUUUAAAGAAAUGCUGUCACGUCAUUCAUUUUUAAUAAGUACAAAUUGGCUGUUUCAAACUGUUCUUUUUUUUUUUUUUCCCUACUUGAUGUAGCUUUCAGAUGAUAAAAAUCCAGUACCUCCGCUUUCCUUUUGGUGUGCUCAUUUUUAACUUAUUUUUUAACAACAGUAGGACACUACCGUGAGACACUGCGUCUCAACCUCUGUCUCUAGUUGAAUUGUGCUUUAAAAAAAAAAAAAAAAAAAAAGUCAAUGAGAUAGAAAAUAACUUUACAAAGCCAGUGUAUUCUGUUUUUAAAACAGUGCCUCCAGUGCAAUACUCUUUCUGGUGUAUUCUAUCCAUUAUUUCACUUGCUGUUCAUCAUUCCAUGGCCGGCUUUGACAUGCCCAGGAGAACAGGAACCGCCACUUUAAUUUUCAUAGCAGACCCAUAGUGUGUCAGUUACAAUUUCUAUUUUAAGCUUUGUCUUUUAUUUCAUUUUAAGCAACAAAUUUCGUAUCCUGGUGGUAGAGUUUUUCCUAAAAAUAGCCCAAACUAUUGUUAAACCAUUUGCCUUUAAUGGUUAAAUAAUUUGGGGUGGUUUCAUGGUGGGUUUUUUCUUCCCAGUUUUAAUCAUAUGUCUACAUCUAUAUAGAUAUAGAUAUAUUUUUUAAGGGUAAUAUCUCUAAUGGGUGCACAUUUGCAAGUCUGGCUAAUUCCUAAUAUGCUAAUUAAACAUUUCCUGUCUAUUUUAAGGUUCUGUACAGUGAAGCUCUUCAGGACAGUUAUUUUCUCUUCUGGGUUGAUUGGUCAUACGUGUGCAGUGUAAACACGGAUAUGAUAAAGUGACAAUGGAAAAGGGCCUAGAUGCACUAGGCAUCUAAGACCUGGCCGACGUGUCGUGUGCUUCAUUCAUUAUCAUGUUAGUUUCAGAAGCACCUCAAGUGUCCCAGUAUCAUUUUUAGUGAUUUGGGAAAUGUCACAAUAUUUAUAUGCUAUUAAUAAAUUGGUUAUCAGAAGUUUACAAGAUGAAGGGCUUCUCUUUUCUUGUCUGAAUUUCUACUUUUAAGUCAUAAAGUGUAAAACUCUUUCACCUAGAAGCAUAACUACACAGAACGAGGAGAUGGCUCUGGCUUUGCCUUUUUCAGAGCCGGUAGUGCUAGUUUCUCAGGCACAAAGUUUGCUCUCUUGGCUGCAGAGUAGCCCUGGCAUUAGAGGGUCUGAUAUGCUCCUACCUAAGCGGUUCGCAGGUUUCUGAAGAAAGUGCAGUUUUGGGAAAAGGAUCAUUAGGGGAGGUGCUGAUGUGGCCUGUAGACUCUUGCAGGCAGCUAAUCAGCAAAAGGCCAGUUCUGUUAACCAUCCCCAACUAUUGCUGGAGCCUGAUGGAUAGGAGUGGGUAGUCAGAUGAUUGCCUCUUAAAAAUGUCUCCAAAAAGUUAUCUGCAGAGAAAGUCCCUCGUGAAGACAGUUGCUGAGCUGUAUUUUCAUUCUUUAAACCAAUUCCCAGAUCAGAGCUGAUAUGCAGAAGCAGCAUUAGGGACACAUGUGGCCAGAGAUGAAUUGGGUGUUACUUCUCCUAAAACCCCAAGCCCAGGGAGAUGAGGAGGCAAGAGGGUACCCAGGGUCCUGCGCUCUUUGCGGUAAUGUUAAUAUUCCAUUUGCACAGUGCUUAUAUCCACAUAUGUGUGUUAAUUUAUUCAGUUAGUUUAAAAGGAUAUUCUCUCCCCAGCCAUUCAAAGAUUUCCAAACUAAGUUAGCCACUGAGUUUGAGUCAGGGAAUUCCAAGUAAAAAGAUCAGAUUAAGGUAAAUUCUUUGUUCUGUCUUGCUGCUGUGACUUCCGAAAAAAAUUAUGGGAACUCUUCCUGGAAUUGAAAUUUCUAUUUAAUGAAGAAGUGUAUAAUUGCAUUAUUUAUUGUUUGAGGUUUGAUUUAUCUGGAAGCUUCAAAAGAAUGUUUUGUGUUUGUUGUCAAUAAAGUCCCAAUCACAUAUCAUAUUUAACGUUAACUAAAAUGUCUUGCAGUUGGUAAUGGUAGAAAAUAGCAGUGAACACACAGGUCCACACUCGAAUUUGAUUGCCAGAAAAGCAUUUUGUGGUCACAUAUUGAGUAGAAAGAACAGGUAUUUUCAGGAAAUCAACUGAUUAGUUUUUUCAGAACCCUGAUUAAAAUGUUCAGCAUAUUAUCAAAUUUAUCAUUGAUUCCUUGUUUCUUUUGAAAUUUAUUAUUGAAACUUACUACUAAAUCUUUAUAAGAAUAUAUUUGGCAGGUACACCAAAGAAACCAGUUCGUAAAAGAUUUAUGAUAAUUAAUGAACUGCAAACCUCAUUUUUUGAAAACAAGUUUGGUUUUUUGUUUUGUAAAUAUUUGUGUUUAUAAAUGUACAGCAGAGUAAGAGUGUUUUUUAGAUUAUUUAAUUCCCAUAUUUUGAAACUGUUAUUACUACAGAAUAAUCCAUGCUUGUUAGUUAAGAGGACUUGACUGUUUUGUUUUUUAAUUCAUUAUCAGUCAUGCUUGGAACAACAUUUCCACUAGAGAAUUCAGUGUUCUGGCAGUGGCAAGAGUACACAUCUGGAGCAGGAGGGAGUCUAGCAUGACUUGUCAGAUGCACACCCUGAGAGACAAGAAUGUGUAGCUUAAUUACCAGAGUGGACCAUACAAAACUGAGAUUCUAACUUCCCUGCAGAAUUGCUCAUUAGCCCAGGAUGUGAUUGGGAUGAGGCUGUUUGCCCACAAAUUUAGCUUUCAUGUUAACUCCCAGUGUGUUAUAUCAUAAUGUAUUUUGUUCUUCCUUUGUAAUGUAAGUUUUGCUUUGGGUCAAUUUGAAUUAAAAAAAAAACUUAA